AUGGCAGCUUCCAGGGCUGCUGAGACUCCAGAACAAGCAAGUAAUCGGCUUGAAGAACAACGAACCAGGCAAGCGGCUUCAAGAGCUGCUGAGACACCAGAGCAAACAACAACUCGGCUUGAAGAACAACGAACAAGACAAGCAUCUUCAAGAGCUGCUGAGACAGCGGAACAAACAACUAUUCGGAAUACAGAUAAACUCACAAGGCAAGCUGUUUCAAGAGCUGCUGAAACACCAGAGCAAACAACAACUCGGCUUGAAGAACAACGGACAAGACAAGCAGCUUCAAGAGCUGCUGAGUCUUCAGAACAACAACAAGUACGGCGUGAGGAAGAUCGAAGAAGACGUUCCAAUUCACGAGCAUCACGUUGGUCAUUCAUGGACCGGGAAGCAUUUCAAUAUGAUCCAACCAAAAAUUAUGACAAUCACCCUCAACUUUAUAUUGGUCGAAUGACAGAGAUUUGCUCAUAUUGUGAUGCACUCAAGUGGUCUGGCGAAGCACCAGAUAUGUGCUGUUCCAAUGGUAAAGUAAAACUGCCAUCAUUUGGACAGCCUCCUGAACCAUUGGAAUCAUUAAUGUCCGGCACAACAACAACAUCAAAGCAUUUCUUGGAGAACAUUCGAAAGUAUAAUUCAUGUUUUCAAAUGACGUCAUUUGGUGUUACAAGCGAGGUGUGUGAGCCAGGUUUCAUGCCUACAUUCAAAAUUCAAGGUCAAGUUUACCAUCGCAUAGGAUCGUUGUUACCACUGACCAAUGAAGAACCUAAAUUUCUUCAAAUUUAUUUCAUGGGAGAUGAACAGCAACAGGCGAGACAACGAUGCAAUAAUAUUCCAGGUACAAGACAAGAUAUUGUUAUAGAUUUGCAACGAAUGCUUCAUCAAUAUAACAGCUAUGUCCAUAUUUUCAAGUCUACUCUAGAGAAGAUGCUUUCUGACGAAUACAGAGUGGUUAUCAGUGCAGACAAGAAGCCUGCUAGGGAGCAUGCAAGACGCUUCAACGAACCUUCUACAAAUGAAGUAGCAGUCAUCAUUGCUGGUAACGAAUUCGAGAGACGGGACAUCAUUUUGGAGAAGAAAAACAAUCAGUUACAGAGAGUGGCAGAAACACACAGGUCAUAUGAUGCGUUGCAAUAUCCACUGAUCUUUUGGGAGGGAGAAGAUGGAUAUCAUUUUCUCAUAAUGCAGACUGAUCCGACAACAGGAACGCCCGUUGAUCGCAAAAAAGUUUCGGCCAUGGAUUUUUAUGCUUACAGAAUAAUGAUGCGAGCUGGUGCUAUAAAUCAUAUCUUAAGAUGACGUCAACUUUUUCAUCAAUUUAUCGUUGACAUGUACGCUAAAAUCGAAAGUGAGCGGUUAUGGUUCAUACGACUUAACCAAAAGAAACUGAGAGUAGACGAAUACAUUCACUUAAGAGACGCAAUAGCUAAUGAUGGCAACGCCGAUACCCUUGGUCAAUUAGUAAUACUACCAUCUACAUUCACUGGAAGUCCACGUCACAUGCACGAAUAUACACAAGAUGCUAUGACAUACGUGAGAAACUACGGAAGACCUGAUCUAUUUGUAACAUUCACUUGCAAUCCAACAUGGGAAGAAAUUCAAGAAGAACUAUUAGAUGGUCAAAAUCCGUCCGAUCGUCAUGAUCUGCUGGCAAGAGUAUUCAAGCAAAAACUCAUAAAAUUAAUGAAUAUUAUUACCAAAAGCCAUGUAUUUGGACCAACACAAUGUUGGAUGUAUUCUAUUGAAUGGCAAAAGAGAGGUCUGCCUCAUUCUCAUAUAUUGAUAUGGUUGAAAGACAAAAUUAAGCCAGAUGAAAUAGACAGCGUUAUUAGUGCAGAAUUACCAGAUCGUCAACAAGAUCCCCGUCUAUUUCAGGUUAUCGUGAAAAACAUGAUUCAUGGACCUUGCGGUAGUAUCAAUCCUGGAUCUUCGUGUAUGAAAGAUGGAAAGUGUACCAAAAGGUAUCCCAGACAACUUAUUCAAGAUACACAAACAGGUGAAGAUGGUUAUCCACUCUACAGAAGGCGAAGUUCAGAAGAUGGUGGUUUCAAAGCAAGAAUCAAGACCAAAUUUGGCAACUCGAUUCAAGAAAUUGAAAUCGAUAACAAAUUGGUUGUACCAUACUGUCCGUUACUUUCCCGAAUUUUUCAAGCUCAUAUUAAUGUCGAGUAUUGCAAUU